AUGUUGACAGCGCCGCCGAAGUUGAGAUACGUUGCCGAAGGCGACGGUAAAGUCUUCAGGUACAGAGCGGCAGGGCCAGACGAAGUGAGUGGCGCAGAGACGGAUCUAGAGACGAUACCGUAUGUUGGAACAUCUACUUCCCAGUCGGCGAUGGACCUGGAUCGGAACAUCGCUCGCCAGGGCCUGGUGAUGGCCUGUCCGCGAGCAACGGAGCAGAUGACUGCCGACGAUGGGACCAGGUACUACUGGCCUGGGCUCUCCGUCAUUAAGGCCGUCAGGAAGUUCCUCGGCUGUCGUGAAAGUCGCUGGUUCUGGCUAAGAGAUGAGCCUGUUGCGUACGAUCAGGCGGAGGGUUUGGUGGUGGAUCUCAGGGAUGGUUCGUACGAGCUGCUUCCGGCGAACAGGGCGAGGGCAUUGAUCGAGGUUCCGGCGCCAGAGUUGCCGGGUUAUGAGGUCGUGGUGAAGCGGCCGGUAUGUCAGGAGUGGUAUGUUACGCUGUGUCGGCAUGUGGAUGAGGGGGAGAGCGAGUGUACGAGGUCUACGUACAGCAGUAACAACGGGGAGAGAUCUGGUUGA